GGGAUGAGCCGGCCGGUACCCGCCCUCGGACCGGGGCCGGCCCUCCCGCCUUGCUGCGCACAGUGAGGGGGAAGCGGAGGGAUUCCUGGAGAAGUGCGGCGUCCAGGGGCCGCAGCUGAUUAGAGACACAUAGUGGCCCAGAGCCCCUGAGCUGAAAGGGGCCAGAGGGGGGCCAUCAUGGGCCCCGAGCUACCUGCGCCUUGGCUGCUGCUCUUCACCUGGCUCCCAACAGGGUGCCUGUCCUUGCUGGUGACGGUCCAGCACACAGAGCGCUAUGUCACCCUGUUUGCCUCUGUCAUCCUCAAAUGUGACUACACCACCUCUGCCCAGCUUCAGGACGUGGUAGUGACAUGGCGCUUCAAGUCCUUCUGCAAGGAUCCCAUCUUUGACUACUACUCUGCGUCAUACCAGGCAGCUUUGUCCCUGGGCCAGGACCCAUCCAAUGACUGCAAUGACAGCCAGCGGGAGGUUCGCAUCGUGGCCCAGAGGCGGGGGCAGAAUGAGCCUGUGCUGGGGGCAGAUUACCGGCAGCGCAAGAUCACCAUCCAGAACCGUGCAGAUCUCGUGAUUAAUGAAGUGAUGUGGUGGGACCAUGGAGUGUAUUAUUGCGCCAUUGAGGCUCCAGGGGACACAACAGGAGACCCGGAUAAGGAGGUGAAACUCAUUGUCCUGCACUGGCUGACAGUGAUCUUCAUCAUUCUGGGAGCCCUGCUCCUGAUCCUGCUGAUUGGCGUGUGCUGGUGCCAGUGCUGUCCUCAGUAUUGCUGCUGCUACGUCCGCUGCCCCUGUUGUCCCGCCCGCUGCUGCUGCCCCGAGGAAGCCCUGGCCCGCCACCGCUACAUGAAGCAGGCUCGGGCCCUAGGCCCUCAGACGAUGGAAAAACCCCUGUACUGGGGGGCGGACAGGAGCUCCCAGUUUUCAUCUUAUCCAAUGAACCAACUGCUGCAGCAAGAUUUGUCCCUGCGAUCCAGCCUCCCACAGAUGCCAAUGACCCAGACCACUGCUCACCCUCCCAUCAGCAACGGGGUCCUAGAGUAUUUGGAGAAAGAGCUACGGAACUUCAACCCGGCCCAGCCUCUGCCUCCUGACCUCAAAGCCAUGUCUGGCCAACCCUGCAGCAUGCUGUCGUCUCUUGGCUCUGAGGUGGUGGAACGCAGAAUUAUCCACCUGCCCCCGCUGAUCAGAGACCUGCCAUCUUCGAGGAGGGCCAGCAACUCCUCCCGCCAGCAGUGGCUCACCCCAAAUCCCCUUGGACUCUGGGAUCUGAGGGAGGAAAGAAGGCAGCACCACCAUUCUGAUUUCCACCAGGAGCUCCAGGACCGGGAGCUUAAGCGCUGGGCAUUGGAGCAAAGGGAGCUGGACCAGCUGCGGAAUGGAAGGCACCACAACUCCAGGCUGAACAGGUCACCCAUGCCCUGGUCAGACAGGGACAGCCUCAGCGAUGGCCUUUCAUCCAGCGAGGAGCGCUGGCGGCCCAACCGCCCCCCUUCCCGGAGCCACUACCCAGACAGACCCCACAGGCCCAGUCCCCGGGAGAGUCCGCAGAGGCACCAGAGGCGCCGGCACCGAAGCUACUCCCCGCCCCUCCCCUCAGGUCUCAGUUCUUGGAGCUCGGAGGAGGAGAAGGAGAGGCAACCCCGGAGCAGGGGGACCCACCGCCGCCGCCGCUCCCACUCCCCAAACUGGCCUGAGGAGAAGCCACCCAGCUACCGCUCACUGGAUGUCAUCCCAGGCAAGAAUGGCAGGAAAAAAGGGAGUGUGGAGAGGCGCUCGGAGAGAGAGAGCUCCCAUAGUGGAAGGAGUGUGGUCAUUUAGUCACCGGGCACAGCGCUACUUCUGUGUCUGCUCCUCAACUUCUGCAUGUCGUCAGCAUCACCUAGAUUUCCAAGUGACUUGGGAAGGACAUCGCAAGUCUGUAUCUAACAGUUUUGCCCUUAGAUUCUGAGAAUCAAAUAGAAGAAUUUUAAAAACAAGAGUUUGAGGAAUUAAUGACUUAGGUUUGGCCUUGGUUCACACUCUGCAUAUUUAGUCUCUGACUUGUAAUGGACCCAAAUGGGAUGCGAUCCCUCAAGAACUUAGGAGCCUGAGUCUUCAACUAGGUUACGCUGCUCAGAACCACGGCCGUUCUCAAAGUGAGAACUCAGGAAUCUUUAAGAAAAAAAAAAGUCAAACAUGUUUCAAGAGCACGAAAACUAUAGAGUACUUACUACAGGGCAACUUUCAUGGGAACUUGUCUCCCUCUAUAGCAUGUCUGGAGGGUCCCUCCAUGUUAGGAGUCCACCUUGCUGCCCCCAUGUCCCAUGCUGAGUGCUUCUGAAGGUCCAGUCAGCGAUGGCACAGGAGACACUCCAGCAAUGUGUCCUCUCACGGGCUAUUGCAAGUGUAGAAAAUUACAGAGAAGCAGUGUUACAUCAGCCUUACUCCUGUCCCUUGUUUUCCUCUUGCUCUUCUUCUUCUUUUUUUCCUAUAUCUAGUUUCUAUUUUCUUAUAUAGUAUGUAUCCAUUAAAAUCACUUUAAAUGCUUCUAGGGAACAACAGAGUAUAUAAAGAAGAAAGAAAUAACAUGUACUGGCCUAAGGAUGCUGCCCCAAAUAAAUAUCUACUUUGGUGCACUUGACUGGAUUAAGCCUUCUACCAGGCUAAAGCUCAGAGAAGAGCUAGGCCAACCUGGGUAGUUCUGGAGCUGCCUUACUCCUGGCACUGCUCAGCCUUCUCAAGCAGAAGCUUCCAGGCAGGUUUUGCCUCUCAGAGCCCCAGGAGGAGGGAGCUGUGCCUUUCCUAUAUUAAGUUGUACUACUCUCAUUUUCCCCAGCUCCCCUGAUGGCUUCAUGAAUCCAUUUGUACUUGAUAUAGAGACCCUCCUUGAGAAGAUUGGAAGGAGAUGGCCUGAAAGGAGGGGUGUGUGUGUGUUUCUCAACAGUAUUUUUGUGUGUACGGCCUCAAGCUCAAUUUAGAUCCUGUUGACAUACUCAUUUUCCCCCCAAUCUCAUUAAUUAAAUGUUGGGAAAAAAUAGGUUAAAUGCCUGUAUCGGGCAAAGAUUUCUUUGGGUUUUUUUUUAAUACCCAUAAUGUAACUGAGUCUAAAUUAGCAAAACAGAAAAAAAAAUUGAAAUUUUAAUGGAUAAUGAAUAUGUGUAAUUCAGUAGGUGAGGGACUUCUGCUCUGGACAAGAUGGCAUAGACAUUUUUCCCUGCUCCUUCCUGCUAAGCACAACUUUAUGAACCCUGGAAAUGGCACAGGAAAAGGAAAACUAAAGGAUGCUAAGAAGAAAGUAAGCUGGUUUGGGAACCCAGGACCAGAGGAGCAACACAGGCAGAUCAUCUUGCAUCCCCCAGUCAACAUUGUUUCCCCUGCCCAGAAACACUACAGCUGACUGGUGGAAUCAGGAAAAGACCUGUCACAGUUAAUAGCCCUGUACCUGGCAGCCUGGUCCCAGAAGCCACUUUGUCCCCAUGGAACUGAGACUCUCCUCCCUGGCUCAAAGAAACCUGAGUAGCUGGGGGAUAGAAGGAUUUCUGCAUACCCCUCCUUCACCAAGAGAUAUCUGGCAAUAGAAGGAUUUCUGCAUACCCCUCCUUCACCAAGAGAAAUCUGACAACCCAGCCAGAGAAAAUUCCACCCACUCAGGCAGCAUCAACAGACCAAUGCAAACCCCAGCAGCACUGGAUAUAUCAAACAGACCAAAAUAACACCACAAACGCUCUGAAAUUCCAACUUCCAUUGGAAUCAUAGCCCACAAAAGUAGGCUAAUAAUCGUAUGUUAAACAUAAGUAACUCCCUUUAAAAUAAAAUAUUUAAGUAGGACCUAGAGUGUCCUAACAUGACAGACAAAAUGUCCAGGAUAAAAACGAAGAAAAUCACAACUUGAAUGAAAAAUGAAAUCAACUGUUGCCAACUGAGAUAAAUCAAAUGUUGGAGUUAUAAGAAUUUUAAGGUAGACAUUGUAAAAAUGCUACAAUAAUCAAUUAGAAAUUCUCUUAAAUGAAAAAAAUAGAAAAUCUCAGAAAAGAAACCAAAGCUAUAUAUAAAAAAAAAAGAAACAAAUAGAAAUUGUAGAACAAAAAAAUACAAUAGAAAUUAAAAACUCACUGUAUGGGCUAAUGUGGAGAUAAUGGAGGAUAGAAUUAGUGAACUUGAGGACGGUACAAUUACAAUAGACUUUACCCAAUCUAAACAACAGAGAGAAAAUAGACUGGAAAAAAAUGAACAGAGGCUCGAGUACAGUAAUAAAAUAUCAAUAUUCAUAUCAUUGGAGUCCCAGAAAGUAGAAGAGAAAGAUUGGGGAAGAAUGAGCAUUUGAAGAAAUAAUGGCUGAAAACUUCCCAAGUUUGACGAAUGGCAUUAACCUAGAGGUCCCCAAAGAUGAAACGAGUCCUAAACAGGGUAAACCUGAAUCCAUGCCAAGACACAUUGUAAUUAAACUUUUGAAAAGUAAAGACAAAGAAAAAAUCCUGAAAGCAGCCAGAGAGAAAAAAAUGCAUUCUCUGUAGGGAAACACCAAUUUGAAUGGAUUUCUCAUGUGAGACCAUGAAGAAGGAAAUGGCAAAAUGUUUUUAAGUGCUAAGUGAAAAGAAUUGUUGACCCAUAAUUCUAUAUCUGACAAAACUAACUUUCAGGAAUGAAAGGAAAAUAAAAACAUUCACGAAUGCAAACUAAAAGAUUUUGUGACUAGGAACUACCUUUGAAAGACUGGCUAAAGGAAGUUCUUUAAACAGAAAGGAAAUGGUAAAAGAAGGAAACUUGGAGCAUCAGGAAGAAGAAGGAACAACAGAGCAGAACUAUGAGUCCAAACAAUUAACAAUUAUUUUCCUUACAAGUUAUAUAAAUCAUAGUUGAUUAUUGAAAUAAAAAUUAUAAUAACAUCGAAUAUUCUAAACAGUGAUAUUUAAAGGUAGGGAAUAUAAAGGGACCUAAUUGGAAGUGAGGUUUCUAUACUUCAUUUGAAGUGGUAAAUGUAGAUACCAGUACAUAGUUGUAAGUAGCACCCAGAGCAAUUACUAUGAAAACUACAAAGACAAAUUCAAAAGUGCUAUAAAUAAAUCAAGAUGGAAUCCUAAAAACCUUCAAGUAACCUGCAGCACGGCAAGAAAGAGAAAACAGAGCAAUGAGAACCAGAAGAAACAAAUAGAAAACAUAAUAAAAUAGCAUCCUAAAGUGCAAACAUAUCAAUAAUUAAAUGUAAAUGGUCUAAAUACACCAAUCAAAAGAUAAAGAUUGGCAGAGUGGACUAAAAUAGAAAAAGCUCCAAACCGAACUACAUGCUGCAUAUAAGAAACUUCAAAUUCAAACAAAGGUAGGUUAAAAGUAAAAGGGUGGGGAAAGAUAUACCAUGUACACAUUAAUAAUUUAAUAAAAAGCAGUAAUGGCAACAUUAAUAUUUUAUAAAGUGGACUUCAAAGAAAAUUACCAGAGUCCAAAAGGGAUACUAUAUAAUGAAUCAAAAAUGAUCAAUUUGCCAGGAAGACACAAUAUACUAAUUGUACAAAUUAAACCACAGAGCCUCAAACACAUGAAGCAAAAACCGAUAAAGCUAAAAUGAGAAAGAGGAAUCUAUGAUUAUAGUUGGGAAUUUCAAUAUCUUUCCUAUCCAGCAACUGAUGGAACUAUUAGGCAAAAAAUCACAAGGAUAUAGACAAUCUGAAUAACACAAUCAACAGGAUCUAAUUAACAUAUAUGAAACAGGUUAUCCAACAAUAGCAAAAAAUACUUUUCUCAAUUGCCUGUGGAACAUUUACCACACAGAAAAAAUAAAAAAGACAAACAUGACAAAUGUAAGAGAAUUGAAAUCAUACAUAAUGUGAGCUCUGACUAUAAUGGAAUCAAACUGGAAAUCUGUAACAAAGACAACAGGAAACUCUCAAAACGCUUGGAAACUAAGCAACAUGCUUAUAAAUAAUUAUGGGUCAAAGAAGAAGUCACAAAGGAAAUAGAAAAGUGCAUAGAUCUAAAUACAAAUGAAAACACAACAUACCAGUUUGUAGGAUGCAGCAAAAGCAGUACUGAGGAAAAUUUAUAGCACUAAAUGCUUUAAUAAUGAGGAGAGGUGUCUUAUCAAUAAUUUCAAUUCUUGAGAAACUAGAAAAAGGAGUAAAAUAAUCCAAAGCAAGCAGGAUUAACAUAAUAAGAGCAGAAAACAAAAUUGGAAAUAGAAAAACUACAAAAUACCAAGGAAACAAGAAACUGGUUCUUUAAAAAUAUCAAUAAAAUUGAUAAACCUAGCAAGACUGACAAAAAUAGAACACAAAUCAUCAAUAUCAGGAAUGAAACAGGAGAUAUGAUUCCAGAUACUGCAGCCAUUAAAACAAAAUAAGGGAGAGAGUACUUCAUAAAACUUUAUGUUCAUAAAUAUGACACUUAGAAGAAGGGGAACAAUUUCUUAAGAACCACAAACUGCCAAAAUUUAACCAAGUUGAAACAGACAAUCUAAAUCAGGGGUGUCCAAACUGCGGCUCGCGGGCCAACUGCGGCCCGUGAUCCAUUGUUAAUUGGCCCGCAGCAAAUUCCAAAAAUAUAUUUAGUUUACUUAAA